AUGGAGAUACUCGUCUUACUCUUUCUAGGUGGAAAGCUGCUCUUGCUCAAGCUGCCGUCUUUGAUCGCGCGGUUGCAAUCGCCUUUUCCCUUAGAACCCUUCCGUACUGUCGCCAUCGCUCCGCAGAGGCCGAACAUCGUGGCUCUUGUAAACGGAAAGAGUGGAGGCAAACAGGGAACGAAACUCAUUCAGAAGAUCAAAAAACAUCUCGGGGAUGCGAAUGUGGUGGACAUCAUGUCCCUAUCAGAUGCCGGAAAGGGAAUCAAAGGACCCCACGGGGCUCUUGCAAGUGCAUGCAUGAAUGCGGUGCGAAGAGGAGCUCAUUUCAGUGCAGUGCAUGCCAACGACGGCCCCAAUACUCGAUUUCUUGUCUGCGGAGGAGACGGAACUGUGGGCUGGACUCUUCAGGACAUGGAAAAGUUGAUUCAGUCUGGAGGGAUCAAUGCUGAUAUUCCGAUCGCCGUCCUCCCUCUUGGCACAGGCAACGACAUGGCAAGAACGCUGCGAUGUGGUGGAGGCUACAGUGGAGAGCAGUUGCUGCCGAUUCUCAAGAAAGCAGCAGUGGGAGAGAGGAAGAGGCUGGAUCGAUGGAAAGUUCGUGUUACUGCCGAACAAGGCGGUCAAGAGCCUUUCGUCAAGGAGUUUCUCAUGUGCAACUACUUCUCCAUAGGAUGGGAUGCAGUGGUUGCCCGUGGCUUUCACGUAAAGCGUGAGCUGAGCCCAAACCUAUUCAAGAACCGAAUCAUUAAUAAGCUAUGGUAUCUCUACUUCAGCUUCGGAAACUUGGUUGGCAACUUCGAUGCUUCUAAGGGAGUUGAAAUUCCAAAAGGCAUCAAGAGCGUGGCUGUCAUCAACAUCCCGUCCUUCAGUGGUGGAGCCGACCUGUGGGGAAAAUCUUCAUCAGGCAAUUUCCAAAAGCCGCAGACAGACGACGGUCUUCUGGAGAUCGUCGGCACUUACAACCCUCUUCAUCUCGGCAUGGUGAUCGUUAAGAUACGAACGGCAGUCAGGAUAGCGCAGGGCAAGAGAGUAACAGUGAAGACCAAGACGUUUGCCGAAGGAGGACCGAAGCCCGGCAAAGGCACCUGCAUGCAGGUGGACGGAGAGCCUUACUUCCUCGACCACAAGGGUUUCCACGAAGACGUGCAUUACAAGCCUGAAAAGAACCUUCGGGAUGGAAACGUUGACGUAAAGGUGGAGAUCUCUCACCAUGCAGUAGCUACGUUGGUUGAGAGCCCUGACGGAGGAGGUUGUUGCGUCGCUCCCAAGGUCGACUAG